AUGGCGCCUGCAGUGGUUGCAACUCGGAUGCUCAGGAACAGCGAGCAAUACUCCGACAUUGCUGGACUGUCAGAAUCGUCCUUGGAGCUCGACAAGCGUAGCACGGAUGGCGUACCUCGUUUCAUCGCCCGCGACACAUCCUCUAACUCACUCUCGUUCACCAAAAGCAACCAUGCUAUCGUCGCUCGAGAUACCGCCACUACUUACGUCCCAGGCACCGGCUCACGACCUCCUGCUGCCUUCAAUAACAAAUUCUUCUUCGCCCUCUUCGCCAUCAUUGGCGUAAUAAUGGUCUUGGGAGCCCUAUGGUUCUUCUUCUGGGCGAAGAACGGUGGCUUCAAGUACCAACAAGGCGACUGGGAUGACUACAAGAGUACGGUGUUGCGUCGGAAAGGUCCAGACGGCAAGACCUUGAGUAACGCAACCAAGAGCACGAAGCUGGGGUAUGGUGCGAGUACCAUAGCAGGUACACAACACUAUGCCUGGCAGAAGCAAGCAGCGAAAAGUGUUGUCGGUCGUGAUGAGAAGGGCAGGAAGGGUAUCCGGGCAAAGCGUGGUUGGGCCAAGACACACAGCGUUCUCUACUCAGACGACUACAUGACGGAAACUUUCGGCACCCAGACUGUAUCAGACAUGACCGAAGUCCGCAUCGAAGCAGACUAUGCCGACCAUUCGAAACGCUACCGCGAUCGCGACGUUCAACAGUACAAGAAGGAAAAGCCCGCUCGUGUAGGUGGCCUAAAUCGCAUAGCAGAUGGCAGCAACUUCGGCACCACCGUUGGAGGCUCAGAAGUGUCCGAAACCUGCUCGGAAGCUGCUCUCCUCCCACGCGAAGCCCGCGAACAACGCAUCAAAGAAAAGGAGAAAAAGCACGCCGAACGUAUGGCCAAAGAAGAAGCAGCACGAAUGGAACGUCGCUGGCGCAAAGAAGCCGAAGAAGCCGCCGCGUCCCUCGCCCGCGAAAACGCUGACUCCCGACCUCCUCCACCACCAACUCACACCGCGACCCGGAAAUCUGCCGCUCCAGCAGCAAAGCCCGGCCCUAGCAAACAACGUCGCAGUGAGUCCAGCUCCGCAUCGCCCAGGAAACGUAACUUCAGCUACGGGGCUGGCCCAGAGUCUGAGGUCCUUAGCACGGCUUACACAGGCACGCAUACCGAGUCUAGCAGCGGUGGUACGCGCUCAGCAUCGUACUACGACGAGUAUCGUCCACGCGCCAGCGAGAACCCACGAUACAACGAGACCAAGACGACAGCGAAUAGGCCUAGGCAGAGUUCGCCCAAGAAGGGUCCACCGGGCAGGAAGGGCAGGGAAGGCUACAGGCGCGGGGCAGAUAGUGAUUUGGACUAG